AUGAAAGAAGCAGAUUAUCUGGUGAAACAGGCAAGCUUGGGGAUUAUAGUAGGCCUAGGGGCCAAAACACAAGAAAAGAUUAAUCUUGUUAGGCUUUCUAUUGAGAGUGUUACAACAACAACAGAACAACCUUCUCAAGAGGUUCAACCCUCUAGUGCCUCCAUUAUUGGUACCACAACUACUACUCCUACUACUACUGCUACUACUACUACCACAACAACACCAACAACCACAUCAACCAUGUCUAUUGUUGUAACUACUUCAACACCACAUCCACCAUUGGCUACAACAACUGUUACUCCAUCUUCUAUUGUUUCACAUAUGCCUGCACCUACAAUGACUCCUACAAUUGAAACAAUAACUAUUCAUAAUGUGGAGUCCGACUCGGACCAAGAGGAUGAGCCAACGCUAGAGAAGGUAGAACCAAAGAAGAGAAAGAGAAUGAAUCCUUCUAGUGUGGAGAAAUGA